AUGAUUUCACCAUGCUGCGGUCGGGCCUACACCUGUCGUUUCUGUCACAAUGAUGCGGAGAAUCACUGUAUCGACCGGCGACAGGUCAUGGAGGUGGUCUGCAUGCAAUGUAAGACGCGGCAGCCAGUGCAGAAAAACUGCCAACAGUGCAAUCUCGAAUUUGGUCGGUAUUAUUGCGCGCGAUGCAAGCUGUUCGAUGAUGACGACAAGCAGCAGUACCACUGUGAAGAAUGCGGGAUCUGUCGCAUAGGCGGUCGAGAGCGGUUCUUUCACUGCCCAGUCUGCGAUGUGUGCCUCUCCGUGCACCUGCAGGGCAACCACAAGUGUGUGGAGCGUGUGUCUCGGGCCAAUUGCCCUGUCUGCUUAGAAGACAUCCACACUUCUCGCAUUCCAUCUCAUAUUCCUCCCUGUGGGCAUCUCAUACAUAGCACUUGCUUCGAUGACAUGCUCAAGAGUGGCCUGUAUGCCUGUCCUGUCUGCAAUACCUCCAUGAUAAACAUGGAGAAGGUUUGGCAACAUCUGGAUGAGGAGACCCAGGGGACCCCCAUGCCCGAUGAUUAUCGGAAUCAUUUUGUUAUGAUAUUGUGUAGGGACUGCCACAAGGAAUCAGAAGUGGCAUUUCAUAUUCUGGGUCUCAAGUGUCAGGAAUGUGGGUCAUACAAUACCUCUCGAAACAAGGGGAAGGCUGUUUUGCGUGUGCCAGGAGUAGAAGUGGAAGGUGCAGAGCCAGUCGAAGGAGGGAAUGCAAGCGAGGGGGCAUCCUCGUCUCGGCCCGAGGCUGAGGCAUCCGGUGAAGCGGAACGUGAUGUGAUCAAAGAAUGUUAG